AUGAGGUUUAAAACAUGUACAUAUCUAAGACAAAUUUAUUCUAUAAGUUGUAACCACUAUCGUCAAUAUAAUGUACUAAGUACUACUCAGAAUAUACUUGCAGUUCAUCGUAUUAAUAAAACUCCUUUUAAGCUUUCAUCCUUAAUAUGUGUAUAUUCUUCGGAUAAUAAAAAACAUUUACUAGAAAAGAAAACAGAUGCUAUAAAGAAUGUGCUUGAACAAAAAAAAGAGCAAAUUAAAGAAACUGAGUAUAAAAUUCGUCAAAAAGGUGUAGAACUUGUUCGAGAUUUGAAACAGCAAAAAGAAAUAACAGGUCAAAAGUUUAAAGUUAAAAAAGAUCAUUUGGUAAAAGAUAUAUUAGAAACGAGAGCUAAAGUCAGAGAAAAGAUUGAAGAAGUUGUUGAGAAAGAAAAUGUUUUUACAGUACCUAACAUAUUGUGUGUAACUAGGAUAGUUAUGUCACCAUAUUUGGGUUAUAUUAUAUUGCAAGAUAAUUAUAAUUUGGCUUUAGGACUAUUAGUAUUUGCUGGAAUAACUGAUAUGCUGGAUGGUUGGAUAGCAAGAAACUGGGAAGGUCAGGCAUCUAAGAUGGGAUCUUUUUUAGAUCCCAUGGCUGACAAAGUAUUAAUUGCAACUCUUUUUAUCAGCCUGACAUGGCAGAAUUUAAUACCUCUACCCCUGACAUUACUUAUAGUUGCCCGUGAUGCAGCCCUUGUUGCAGCUGGUUUUGUUAUUAGAUAUAUUAGCCUCCCCCCACCAAAGACACUCAGCAGGUAUUUUGAUGUAACCCAUGCAACAGCUCAACUUGCGCCCACAUUUAUAAGCAAAAUGAACACUGCAAUUCAACUGUUAUUGGUCGGAACAACUUUGGCGUCACCCGUCUUUGGCUAUGUUGAUCAUCCCGCAUUACAUGUCCUUUGUGGGUUAACAGCUGCAUCAACCAUUGUUUCAGCACUAAGUUAUUUAAUAAGUAAGGAUACUUAUAAAGUUUUAAAGAAGAAAUUA